UUUCUCCGUAACAACUUAAUUUCUUCUAUUAGCCAUGGAUGAAGUGAAGUUACUGGGAUUUUGGGCAAGUCCGUUUGUUCACAGGGUAAUCUGGGCUUUAAAGCUAAAAGGAGUGAAAUAUGAAUACAGUGAAGAAGACCUUACAAACAAGAGCGAACUGCUUUUGAAGUCCAAUCCAGUCCACGAGAAAGUCCCCGUGCUUAUCCAUGGCGACAAAGCCAUCUCCGAGUCCUCUGUCAUCCUUGAAUAUAUUGAACAAGUCUGGCCUCAAAAUCCCCUGUUUCCCAAAGAUGCUUAUGAAAGAGCCCUAUCUCGUUUCUGGAUCAAUUUUGCAUCAGACGUGGGCAUGAUUUUCCGCUCAUUUUACUUGUCCAAAGAAGAAAACAGAGAAAAGAGCAGAAGAGAGGUGAUUCAGGUGCUGCAAAUUGUGGAAGAACAAGCUCUGAAGGAUAAAAAUUUUUUUGGAGGAGACAACAUAGGAAUGUUGGACAUAAUUUACGGAAGCAUUCCUCACUGGUUUGAAGCCUUGGAAGAAAGUGUGGGAGUCAAAGUGAUCGAUCCCAAUGCUCUGCCUCGCUUGUACGCCUGGGCUCAACGUUUCAAGCAAAUUCCUGUGAUCAACCAUGAUUUGCCACCUUAUCAAGAUUUGCUUCUUCACAUGAAGCGCGUGAGGCAGAGGCUCAUCUCGCAACCACCAAAUUCCUCAGCCUAGCUGCCUCAACCUUUCUUUUAAGUACUUUCAUAUAAUUUAUUCUCUACUAUGUGUUGUUUGCAAAACUUUAUUCACAGAGAAGACUCAUUAUAUGAAAAUGAUGGGAAACAACGUGAUUUUCUUGUCUUCUCUAGCGAAAGGCGGGGCAGCCAUUCUUCAGAGGAGGAUUCAGUUUAGAAGUCUGAGGUUUUGAAGUAAUACUGUCUCGGAACUUAGAUAUCAAUAGGCGUACUAUUAGCUGUGGGUGUUAUGUGAGACAUUUGCUUUAUGUUAGUUAUUGUCAGUUAUUUUCGGUUUAUGUUUUCCUGUUUCUGGUAGUUACAGAUGCUGUGUGGGAGAUUACAAGUUUGUGUCAUGUGAUGUCAGUUAUUAUUAAAUGAAGCGUUGUUCAGCUUACAUUUGCA